AUGGGAAAAAACUCUAUUGGCAUUGACUUGGGAACCACCUAUUCAUGUGUUGGAAUAUGGAAAGACGAUAAAGUUGAAAUUAUUCCUAAUGAUCAUGGCAAUCGCUUUACACCUUCGUACAUUGCCUUUUCCUACGCAGUGCGAUUAAUUGGUGAAAAUGCAAAGAACCAAAUUUCAAUGAACCCUUUCAAUACAAUAUACGAUGCAAAACGUCUAAUUGGUCGUCAGUUUAAUGAUCCAGAAGUACAGCUAAACAUGAAUUAUUGGCCAUUCCAAGUUAUUGAUAUGAAUGGGAGACCCUAUAUUCAAGUUACAUACAAGGGCAAAAUCAAACAGUUUUCACCAGUAGAGAUUUUAUCAAUGUUAUUAUGCAAAUUGAAAGAUUCGGCUGAAAUUUAUCUUAAGGAACGAGUCACGGUUGCAGUAAUAACCGUGGAUUCCAAUUAUAAUGACUCACAACGCCAAGCUAUAAGAGAUGCCGCUAAUAUAGCCGGAUUAAGCAUUCUUCGGUUAAUUAGCGGACCAAUAGCAGCUGCAAUCGCUUAUAAAUUAGAUAAUAGAAUUUCCGUAGAAGGUAACAUUGUUAUUGUUGAUUUUGGCGGUGGCUCUCUUGAUGUAUCUCUCAUAACUAAUAUUGGGGAAGGAGUAUUGGAAGUAAUGGCAACCGCAGGAGAUGCCCAUUUAGGUGGUGAAGAUUUCAAUAAACGCAUCGUAAAUUACUUUAUUUCUGAAUUUAAACGUAAAUUUAAAAAGGAUAUCACUACAGACAAGCGUGCAUUAUGUCGUCUUCGGACUGCAUGUGAACGUGCAAAAUGUACACUGUCGUCAUCCAAACAAGCUUUCAUUGAGAUUGACAGCAUUUUUGAGAGCAUUGACUUUCAUACUUCAUUAACUAGAGAUGUAUUCAUAAAUUUAAAUCAAGAUUUGAUUCAAAGAAUUAUAGAUCCUGUUGAGAAAGUGCUCAGAGAUGCAAGAAUUGAUAAAUCCCAGAUUCAUGAAGUAAUAUUGGUUGGUGGUUCCACGCGCAUUCCAGAGAUCCAGAAAAUAAUUUCUAAUUUUUUUAACGGGAAAGAAUUAAAUAAGUCAUUUAAUCCCGAUGAAGUCAUUGCCUAUGGUGCAGCUGUGAAAGCAGCCUGUUUGUCUGGAGUUCGCUCAGGAAAAUUAGACAAUAUAUUAAAUAUUGAUGUUGCUCCUCAUUCACUUGGCAUUGAGUCAGCUGGCGGAAUAAUGAAUCCAAUUAUAAAACGUAAUGAUACAAUACCUACAAGGAAAUCCAAAAUUUUUACUACAGAUUUAGAUAAUCAAACCAAUUUUAUAAUCAAGGUGUACGAGGGCGAAAGGGUACGAACUGUGGACAACAAUUUACUUGGAGAGUUUGAACUUACUGAUAUCCCACCUGCUCCUAAAGGCGUGCCUCAAAUCGAAGUUACUUUCGACAUUGAUAGCAGCGGCUUUCUUGAAGUAUUGGCUUUUAAUAAAAACUCCGGACAACAUAAUAAAUUUGUCGUCACCAAUGAUAAAAAUCGAUUGUCAAAUAAAGAAAUCGAACAAAUGAUCAAAGAUGCUAUGAAAUAUCACUCUGAAGAUAAAAAUGUUAAACAAAAAGAACAAGCACGUAAUAAUUUUGAAAGAUAUUUAGGCAAUUUACAAAAUGCUCUUCAGAAAACCAUUACAUGGUUCGAUGACAAUCAAGGAGCAGAAAAGGAAGAAUACGAACGUAAACGCGAAUAUCUCAUUAACCAAGUAUUAAGUGAACUCGAAGAAUUCCAGAUAAAUAAUUAA